GGGCAGGAUCUUGUAGACAUGGAUUUAGAUGCUAUUAGAGAAUACUCAGCAUUACAUGCCAAACCCAAUGGACUCGUUCUUCAAUAUGGGACCGCUGGCUUUCGAACAAAAGCAGAACAUCUUGAUCAUGUCAUGUUUCGCAUGGGAUUAUUAGCUGUCCUGAGGUCAAAACAGACAAAGUCUACAAUAGGAGUCAUGGUAACGGCAUCACACAAUCCUGAGGAAGACAAUGGGGUAAAGUUGGUUGAUCCUUUGGGUGAAAUGUUGGCACCGUCCUGGGAGGAACAUGCUACCUGUUUGGCAAAUGCUGAGGAACACGAGAUGCCGAGAAUGUUGAUGGACAUCAGUGUGAAAGCAGCCGUGAAUCUGCAACAAGAUGCCUUCGUAGUGAUUGGUAGAGAUACCAGGCCUAGCAGCAAGAAACUUUCACAGUCUGUAAUAGAUGGUGUGACUGUUUUAGAAGGUCAAUUCCAUGAUUACGGCUUGUUAACAACGCCCCAGCUACACUACAUGGUGUACUGUCGAAAUACCAGCGGCCAAUAUGGAAAGGCAACCAUAGAAGGUUAUUAUGAGAAACUCUCUAAGGCCUUUAUGGAGCUUACCAAACAGGCUUUCUGCAGUGGAGAUGAAUAUAGAUCACUUAAGGUGGACUGCGCAAACGGCAUAGGGGCCCUGAAGCUGAGAGAAAUGGAACACUACAUUUCCCAGGGUCUGGCAGUUCAGCUGUUUAAUGAUGGAACCAAAGGGAAACUCAACCAUUUAUGUGGGGCUGACUUUGUGAAAAGUCAUCAGAAGCCUCCACAGGGAAUGGAAAUGAAGUCUAAUGAAAGAUGCUGUUCCUUUGAUGGAGAUGCAGACAGAAUUGUUUAUUACUACCUUGAUGUAGAUGGUCACUUUCAUCUCAUAGAUGGAGACAAGAUAGCAACACUAAUUAGCAGUUUCCUUAAAGAGCUCCUGUUGGAGAUUGGAGAAAGUUUGAAUAUUGGUGUUGUACAAACUGCGUAUGCAAAUGGAAGUUCAACACGAUAUCUUGAAGAAGUUAUGAAGGUGCCUGUCUAUUGUACUAAAACUGGUGUAAAACAUUUGCACCACAAGGCUCAAGAGUUUGACAUUGGAGUUUAUUUUGAAGCAAAUGGGCAUGGCACGGUACUGUUUAGUAAAGCUGCUGAAACAAAGAUAAAACUAGCAAAAGAAUUAGAAGAUAAGAAAAGGGAAGCUGCUAAGAUGCUUGAAAAUGUUAUUGACUUGUUUAACCAGGCAGCUGGUGAUGCUAUUUCUGACAUGCUGGUGAUUGAGGCAAUCUUGAUUCUGAAGGGCCUGACUGUACAGCAGUGGGAUGCUCUUUAUACGGAUCUCCCAAACAGACAGCUCAAAGUUAAGAUUGCAGACAGGCAAGUUAUUAGCACCACUGAUGCUGAAAGACAAGUAGUUACACCUCCGGGACUACAGGAGGCCAUCAAUGACCUGGUGAAGAAGUACAAGCUUUCCCGAGCUUUUGUCCGGCCUUCUGGUACGGAAGAUAUAGUCCGAGUAUAUGCAGAAGCGGACUCGCAGGAAAAUGCGGAUAGCCUCGCACAUGCAGUGAGCCUGGCAGUAUUUCAGCUGGCUGGAGGAGUUGGAGAAACACCCCGACCAGGUUUCUGAAGACAAUUUUUUAUGUUCAUGAGAAACUGGAUUUUUAAAAAGUUUUUUUACAAAAUAGUACUGCCAUUAUGGUGACAGGUUCAAACACAUUUGUAAUCAAAACGUUUACAGUGCAUCUUACUAGACUGCUUCUAGAACAGAUUGUUUUUCUUAAACACUACCAUAACUAAUUGUUUAGAAGUAGGUAAGCCUUAUUCUUGUUAAAUUUAGUUUUUAAAAAGCGAAACUUACCGAAUUUCAGUCUCACUAAUGUAAAGUACCUGGGCUUCGCUAUGUGAUUCAGUCAUUAACUUUCUAAUACAUGCAGGGAAAAUUCAUGAGGGCUGCUGGAAAAGUAAACCUUAUUAUCAGCUCCUUGGAGUGUCUUUUCCAUCGCCGUUACCUAGCCAUGCUUGCUGUUUUGCAGGAUUCACCAUUGUUGAUACGAAUGGGGAGGGUGGAAAAGACUUUAUACAAACAAUUUUUUUAGAAUGAUUCUUUAUUAAAUGACUUACCUCUUCGAUGAACAUCACCAGGAAUUCAGAGGUGUGAGAUGGAGACUGUGCAUCUCUACUCCGUAUGGAGGUUGAGAUGCUCAUGCUACAUUUAGGAGGAUGCAUGGCCUGGGCUCCAGUUAUUCUAUACUCCUCUUAGUGAAGGCAUGUGGGAGAAAACUAAUGGUCAUACCUUACCACGCCUCCGACAGAAAAGUGACGCCAUUCUGAUACUAGAAUGUGGUCAGUAAUAGAAGAUCCCAACAAAUCUAAAUUAAACAAAGCCUGAAACCAAUAGCAAAAAAUGUGCAGUGUGUAUUUUGCAGGUUUAAGACAAUUCAGGACAGUAAAACAAUGGACUAUAGAUGUAUAUAUAGAUCUCUCUCAGGCACCAUAAUCAAUAUGAGCCAACAAUAUUUAAACUUGAUUCAGGCCACAUUCAGACAUUUUUGCUCUUAUUUACAAAUAUUUAAAUUAAAUACAACCUGAAAUGUGUUUUGUUACAUACAAAAAAGAAAAAAAGAAACUAUACAACUCAGAGCAAUGUUUUAGUUUUAAAUAAUUACAUUUA